AAGCAAAGUAGGGGACAUGUAGAGGCAAUGUAACCAUCAAGCAAAAAUAAUAUAAAAACGUUGACUGCUUGUUGAUGAUGUGGAAGCUGUUUAGCUUCAGUGUAUUAUUAUUUUCUAUUUUUGACAUUUGUUCUGGAUGUUAAAAAAAUAAUUUAGCUGUUAAUUUAACACUUGGUAUCUUUUUUAGUGUUGAUUUUGUGUGCUAUAUUUAUUUAUUGUUAUAUUUGAAAUUGGUUAGAUGACGUUUUGUUUAUCAAUGAUGAUGAAAGGAGUACUUGUUGGUCUUGUUUUUGUAUCAAUUGUCCAGGCUAUUCCAAAACCAGAUGAUGAAGCUAAUCAUCGUGUUAUUGACAGGAAACUCAGUGAUCAGGAUCAUUUUAUAAAAUCACAUCAUAAUCCAGAAUUUGAUCAUGAAGCAUUUCUUGGUGAAGAGGCAAAAACAUUUGAUCAAUUAAGUCCAGAAGAAGCAACAAGAAGACUAGCUAUGAUUGUUGAUAAAAUUGACAAGGAUCAUGAUGGUUUUGUUAGAAUUGAUGAAUUAAAAGAAUGGAUAAAAUUUACUCAACGUAGAUACAUUGUUGAUGAUGUUGAACGUCAAUGGAAAUCUCAUAAUCCAGAUGAUAAUGAAAAAUUAACAUGGAAAUCAUAUAAACAAUUAGUAUAUGGAUUUAUGGAUGAAAAUGAUUUUGAUAAAAAUGCUAAAGAAGGUGAUGCACAUUAUUCAUAUCAUGUUAUGUUAAAGAGAGAUCGUAGAAGAUGGUCAGCAGCUGAUGAAGAUGGUGAUGAUGCAUUAACUAAAAUUGAAUUUACAUCAUUUUUACGUCCAGAAGAAUUUGAUCAUAUGAAAGAUAUUGUUGUAUUGGAAACACUUGAAGAUAUUGAUAAAGAUGGUGAUGGAAAAGUUUCACUUGAAGAAUACAUUGGAGACAUGUACAGAGCUGAUGAAGGUGCAGAGGAUGAUCAAGAGCCUGAUUGGGUUAAAGAUGAGAAAGAAAGAUUUUCUGGAUACAGAGAUAAAGAUCGUGAUGGUUUUAUGGACACUGAAGAGAUGAAAAAUUGGAUUAUUCCUGAAGACUUUGAUCAUGCUGAGGCUGAAGCAAGACAUUUAGUUUACGAAGCUGAUGCUGAUGCUGAUGGUGUACUAACUAAAGAUGAAAUAAUCAAUAAAUAUGAUGUUUUUGUUGGAUCACAAGCAACUGAUUUUGGUGAAGCACUUGCUCGACAUGAUGAAUUUUAAACAUUAUACUAUUUCUUCUUUAUUUUACUUAACAAAAAAGAUAUAUAUAUAUAU